GCCACCCGGACAAUAAAUCCCCGUUUAUAUUAGAUAUUCUAGUUAAAAAUCAAAAUCACGUACGCGCAAUCGGUUUGAGCGCAGUGAGCAGAGCAGAGAGCAAGCAAGUAAGCAGCAGUCGCCAGAGCAGCGUAGAGUUGUGUAACACGGCAGCGUGAACGUGUAAUAGAAUUUGGAUUUGGGUUUGUGCGCUAAAACAGAAACAGCAGCAUGGCGCUCGAGAUUGAUGCAAAAAAUGCGGCGGCGACUGGCGAUGCUGGUACCAUUGGCAAGGCCAAAGCCAAGGAGAACAAGAACCACAACAACAACAACGCACCCGCAGCCGGCGAAAAGAACUUGGUCAAUGGCAGCAGCGCCGCAACGAAGAAGAAAGGCAAGAAAAAUCGCAACAAAAGCCCGCCUCAAAAUGCAGUCGAAGCUGAAGCUAGCGCCGCUCUAAGCAAUGGCCAUUCGGAGAAUGGCGAUGGCGCCGAUGCCAAUGCAAAUGUGCUGGCCGAGAAGGGCGAGGCUGUCAGUGCAGGCGUUUUAGCGGGGGAUGGAGCCGAGGGUGGUGCUUCUGCUGAGGGAGCUGUGGCUGAGGGUGAUGCAGCUGCUGCCGGAGAAGAUGUUGAUUUGGAUGCUUUGCACGAUAUUGGCAUAACGGUUAACAUCAGUAGCCCCGGGACAGAUGUGCUAUCCGUGCAGCUGUCCAGCAUGGAGCUAGUGCAGGAGAUACAUCAGCUGCUCAUGGAUCGCGAGGAGACAUGCCACAGAACAUGCUUCUCACUGCAGCUGGACAACGUGACGCUUGACAAUUUUGCUGAACUUAAGACGAUUGAGCCGCUGGAGCAGGGCUCUACCAUACGCGUCGUCGAGGAGCCGUACACAAUGCGUGAGGCACGCAUUCAUGUGCGCCAUGUGCGCGAUCUUCUCAAGAAUCUGGAUCCGGCCGAUGCCUACAAUGGCAUCGAUUGCACCUCGUUAACCUAUUUGAAUACCAUAACACAGGGCGAUCUGCUGGACAAGAAGCGGACACGUCCGGACUCUGUUGAUUGCACACCGCCCGACUAUGUGACGCCUGGUGUGCGUGAGCCGCCUCUGUUGCCGCUGCAUCCAAAUAUUAAGAAUGCGAAGGGACCACAGGCACUCAAAGUGUUGACCACAUCGGCAUGGAAUCCGCCGCCCGGUCCACGCAAGUUACAUGGUGAUCUGAUGUAUCUGUAUGUGGUCACCAUGGAGGAUAAACGCUUUCACAUCUCUGCCUGCUCCAAGGGCUUCUACAUUAAUCAAUCCACAGACGAAUGCUUCAAUCCCAAGCCGGACAAUCCCAGCCAUUUGAGUCAUUCGCUCAUCGAUCUACUCUCGCACAUCUCACCGUCGUUCCGGCGCGCCUUUCAGGCCAUACAAAAGCGUCGCACCAUGCGCCAUGCAUUCGAGCGCGUGGCGACUCCUUACCAGGUGUACCAAUGGGCUGCGCCUCAACUGGAGCACACCGUGGAUGCCAUACGUGCCGAAGAUGCCUUUAGCUCCAAGCUGGGCUACGAGGAGCAUAUACCCGGUCAGACGCGCGACUGGAACGAGGAGCUGCAGACGACCCGGGAACUGCCACGCAAGACACUGCCAGAGCGCUUGCUGCGCGAGCGCGCCAUCUUUAAGGUCCACGGGGACUUUGUGACGGCCGCAACACGCGGCGCCAUGGCUGUCAUAGAUGGUAAUGUGCUGGCCAUUAAUCCCGGCGAGGAUGCCAAAAUGCAAAUGUUCAUUUGGAAUAACAUAUUCUUCUCGCUGGGCUUCGAUGUGCGUGAUCAUUACAAGGAACUGGGUGGCGAUCAUGCCGCAUUUGUGGCGCCACGCUAUGAUUUGCAUGGCGUGCGUGUCUACAAUGCGGUGGAUAUCGAGGGUCUCUACACGCUGGGCACCGUUGUCAUUGACUAUCGUGGCUAUCGUGUGACCGCCCAGUCCAUUAUUCCAGGCAUACUGGAACGGGAGCAGGAGCAGUCCGUUGUCUAUGGCUCCAUUGACUUUGGCAAGACGGUGCUCAGUCAUCCCAAGUAUCUGGAGCUCCUGCGUCAGGCCGGCAAGCACUUGAAGAUCCUGCCGCAUUCGGUGCUGAAUGAACGUGAUGAGCCCGUGGAGCUGUGCUCCUCGGUCGAGUGCAAGGGCAUCAUUGGCAACGAUGGACGUCACUAUAUUCUGGAUUUGUUGCGCACGUUUCCACCGGAUGUAAAUUUCCUCAAACUGCAGGAUGUGCAACUUAGCAAGGAACUGACCGAUAUGGGCUUUCCCAUUGAACAUCGCCACAAGCUGUGCUGCCUGCGCCAGGAGCUGCUCGAGGCCUUUAUUGAGGAUCGCUAUGUGACUUUCAUACGCAUUGCUGCAGUGCAUCUGCAGCAGCUGAAUGCCAAAAAACAGGCGGCCACGGCAAAUGCCGAAAAGGAGCUGCCCGCCAUUGCUGAAAAGCAGGAGGAGCCCAACGAGGAGCAGCCAGAAAAGACCGAAGAGCAGCCAGCAGAGAAAGAGGAAUCUAAGCCCACUCCCAGCGAGACAAAGAGCGCUGAGGCCAUGGUGAAUGCCAUACGCGAGGCCCAAUCGAAUGUGGCCGUCUCCAAUGAGGUGCAGGCCGCUGAGGUUGUUAAACGCGCCUGCGCCGCUGUGGGCUCGCUCAAGGAGAAGGAGUUUGAUUUCCGAUUUAAUCCAGAUGUCUUCUCGCCCGGCAUACGUCAUGUUGAUGGACCCGACGGCGGCGUGCAAUCGCUGGCCAAGCAAAAGCGCCUCGUCCAGGAUGCCGCUGAAUUUCUGGUUCUUAAGCAAAUACCCGCCUUCAUCAAGGAGCACAUGGCUCACUCCUCACCACCCAUCGAUGGCCAGAGUCUGACUGAAUCGCUGCACAGUCACGGCAUCAAUGUGCGCUAUCUGGGCAAGGUGAUCAAAAUGUUGGGCCAAAUGCCGCGCAUGGACUAUCUGCAUCGCAUUGCCAUACUCGAGAUAAUUGUGCGUGCCACCAAGCACAUCUACUACACAUAUAUGCAGAGCACCGAGCCACUGCAUCUGUCGGCGGCAAUAAGUCAUUUCCUCAAUUGUCUGCUAACCACGGGACCGGUCAAUCCCGCCGUUAGCAGCGACGAGCUGCACAAGAAACAGCCCCGCAACAACAGCGGCAAGCACAACAAGCACAAGGCCGCCAAGGCAUCCAAGCCGCAAGCGGCAGCAGCACAGAAUGGCAAUGCCACGGCAGCGGGCAGCGGUGGUGCAGGUGCUGCAACAUCUGGUGCCACAAGCAGCAACUGCGACUGGACGCUGGUAACACCACGUUCGCUUUGGCAGCAAAUCCGUAAGGAGGUUAAAGCAUAUUGGAACUGGGAGCUGGACUGUGACUCCAUUGAGAGCGCUGGCGCCAAGUAUGGACUGUUGCGCAUCAGUUUGUUGCGUGCCUUCUGCCUCAAGGUGGGCAUCCAGGUGCUGUUGCGCGAAUAUAACUUUGAGUCGAAGCACAAGCCCACCUUUGGCGACGACGACAUUGUCAAUGUGUUCCCCGUGGUCAAGCACAUAAGUCCACGCGCCACAGAUGCCUAUAACUUCUAUACGACGGGCCAGGCCAAAAUCCAGCAGGGCAUGCUCAAGGAGGGCUACGAACUGAUUAGCGAGGCGCUCAAUUUGCUGAACAACGUGUUUGGCGCCAUGCACCAGGAGAAUGGCUCCUGUCUGCGCAUGUUGGCGCGCCUCAGCUAUCUGCUGGGCGAUGCCCAGGACGCCCUGGCCAUACAACAGCGUGCGGUCAUCAUGAGCGAGCGCGUCAAUGGCAUUGAUCAUCCAUCAACCAUUCUGGAAUAUACACAUUUGUCGCUCUACUCGUUUGCCAAUGGACAUGUGGGCAUGUCCCUGAAGCUGCUCUACCGUGCACGCUAUUUGCUGGUGCUUAUCUGUGGCGAAGAUCAUCCCGAGGUGGCUUUGAUCGAUAGCAACAUCAGCUUGAUACUGCACGCGCUGGGCGAGUACGAGCUGUCGUUGCGUUUUAUUGAGCACGCGCUCAAGCUGAAUCUGAAGUACUUUGGCAACAAGGCGAUGCAUGUGGCCGUCAGCUAUCAUCUGAUGGCGCGCAUUCAAUCCUGCAUGGGUGAUUUCCGCUCAGCGCUGAACAACGAAAAGGAGACCUACUCCAUUUACAAGUCACAGCUGGGCGAGAAGCACGAAAAGACGCGUGAGUCGGCAGAGUGCCUGCGUCUGUUGACCCACGAGGCUGUGGCGUUGCAGCGCAAGAUGAACGACAUCUACUCCAAUGGAAAGCUGACCAGCGAUUUGCCGCCCAUACACAUAACGCCGCCCUCGAUGGGCUCUGUGUUGGAAAUGCUAAACACAAUCAAUGGCAUACUCUUUGUGCAUAUCAGCCAAAAGGACAUUGUAAAGGUUCGCAGCGAGAUUGAGAAGCAUUUGAAGACGAAUAACGAGGAGAAUGAUGUGCCCGAUGAGAGUGAGAUAACCAGUGCACUCAAGACCAUUGUGGCUGCUGUCAAUAACAAUGAUAAUACGUCCGAGACUGAGCAGCCAAAGGAUGAGGCAUCCGCAGCAGGCACGCCCACGCAGCUAACAAAUGGUAGCGAGGAGUCGACUGCGACGGUUUCAAGUUGAAUGCAGCAACAACAGUAACAGGAAUGCAGACAGCAUUCACUAUUUCAUAGGCAACAACGAGACACACCACACACACCACAGACACACACACACACACCAAAAAAAAAAAUCACACUAACCAUCUACAUGAGAGUCACAAAAUUUUCAACUGUUGUCCAGCAUGUUUGUGUUUGUCAACGCUUCAUUUUAUUUCGGGGACUGAGCAAAAUUCGCAACAACAAAGUGUUUUUACUUUCAAACAAGAACCGAAAUGAAUAACCAAAAACUGAAAGAGAAAAGUAUACAACAUAAAAUAACAACUAAAUAAAUAAAGCAUAAUUAUUUAUGUUUUUUCUAAAGGCUGCUCUUCUACUGCUCACAUGUGUAACGUUAAAUAUUACUAUAUACAAAUACCGUGUACGGCCAUAUCCUUAGAUGAUAAACGGCUUGAAACAUUUUAGCUUUAGUCUAUCAAAAACAAAACAUAAACAACUACAAAAAAAACUAUGAAACACUACCAAUCAUCCUCCUAAUCAUCAACAGCUUUAGAGAAGAACAAAAAAACUUAAACAAUUGUCAUUGUCUGUAGCAAACCAAUUUUUUUUUUUUGUUAAACAUUUGAUAGGCGCCAGUCAAAUGCCUUGUUUUAUAGUUUAUAAAAACGUAAAACAACAUGUAGCUAGUAUGCAUUGUUUUUGUUUUGUUGAACAAAAAAAUAUUUACAUAAUUUAAGUUUGCGCUUAACUGAAAGAAAAGCGACGGAUAAUACGAAGUACGAUAAAUCAAAUGAAAAUGGUUCUUUU